AUGAUUAAGCCUGACGGCGUCCAGCGUGGCCUCGUCGGCAAGAUCAUCCAGCGCUUCGAGGACCGCGGAUUCCAGCUCGUGGCUAUGAAGCUGGUGCACGCCAGCGAGGAGCACCUGGAGAAGCACUACAAGGACCUGAAGGGCAAGCCUUUCUUCCCGGGCUUGAUCAAGUACAUGAGCUCGGGUCCUGUUGUCGCUAUGGUCUGGCAGGGUAAGGAUGUCGUCAAGCAGGGCCGCACCCUGCUGGGCGCUACCAACCCUCUUGCCUCGGCCCCUGGUACUAUCCGCGGGGACUUUGCUAUUGAUGUGGGCCGGAACAUCUGCCAUGGCUCCGAUUCGGUCGAAUCGGCCAAGGCCGAGAUUGCCCUCUGGUUCGGUGAACAGGACGCUACGAUCCCUUACACCCGUGCUGUGGACCAGUGGAUCUACGAGUAA